AUCCCAAACCUUAUAACCCUUACCUUAACUAUUCGGAGUUCAUGCCUAGCCUUAAGAAUUUAGAGUUAAUGCCUGAACUUAACGCUAAUCUUAACCUCAAACACUUUGAGAUUUGACGUUUGGAAGAACUUCAAAAUGUUAUAUUUGAGAAGCAUGGUGAAUGUCUAAUUCUGACGUGAGACUGUGAGUGCUGGUAUAAUAUUGCAGCUUUUCAAGUCUCUCUGAUGGGAGACUCGAACGAAGUUCAUCCAGCUUAUUCUCGAGUGACUGGACAUUUGCCAAUAGUACGGAGGAGAGCGGCGUUAGAUUUUCACCAGGACUCCAGCUCUUCUACUGCGUCUAUGCUUGUGGCGCGUUGGUAGCCCAUGGAACAAAGGAAUAGAUAGGGUCCGGUAUGAACAAGGAAACAACUCAGUCAGAGUUGAUGUCAAAAUCGAGCAGGAUGAGUGGAACUGAAGGUGGAGAGCAGUCCCUGUUCUUUCUAAUUCUCCCUGACCUGAGGAAGCUGUGCUGUGUCACCCUGUCCUUGCAGUCUGAUGAUGGAGAAGUGAGAAACAAGCAGGUGAAAACAUGCAGGGAGCUGUUGUUAUUGUAUGCAGACAUCAUUGCCUCUCCGGUUUUGGGGUGCUUCUCGGAGAUCACAAUGGUGAUGGCGAUUCCCUUUUUUAAAAGAGGAAUAGUACAAGCUUAUGUACAACGACACAGUCUGCAGAUGGGCUCUCCUCAGAGGGUUCUCCCUGGUAUUCUGCAGACCUGUCUGUCCUACUCCUUGACCAGCAGGCUGGCUCCAAACUGGAACAAAGUCGGACAGUUCCUUAUUGCUGGGAGGGAUUUUCUGGCUGAUUCGGGGAAGCUCAACGCCAUUGUGAUCGAGCUGAGUGCCAAUGAAAGCCAGCUGUGUGUCAGUGUGGAGGCCAACACUGUCCGACUCCCUCCAAUCAGGUUGGCAGACUUUGACAUCCCUCCCAUGGUCCUGAGGAACUUCCAUAGCCAGCCAGAUGCUGUUAUCCAGACCUCCAUGUCCAGCAACUGGUGUUACAUUCUGCCAAGCAUGAAAAGGGGUCAGAUCGUCAGCAUCAGUCACCGGAUGCCCACCGAGAGCCCCUUCCAGUGCUACGCUGACAUCCAGAAUCACUGGAGCAGUUUGUAUGGCUACCAACUCCCCCAAAUUGAUGAGGAAGAAGUGAUUUAUUGCAAUGUAUACUUCAAACUGGUUGGAGAAAGGCUGUUCACAUACCCUCUGAGCUGUAUCCGGACUGACCCGGUGCAGCGCUGUCCCAGGGUGGACCUCCAGGGGGCGCUCAGCUCCUUCCUAUCCCACCUGAGGGAGAGCCUGCAGACUGUCUGUGGCUUCCCAGCCCGCAUGACCAGCAAGCCCUGCUACCACACCACCAGCCUGCUCAGCAUUGCCUCAGCACAGGUGGCUAGUGGCAAACCGGUGAACUUGACGACCAAGUCAGCUAGCAGGCCCGUGCUGAGUCAACUCCAUGCCUCCUGCCCCCUCAAGCCCUCAUUUGGGGGGGCACCAGGCGCCCAGACUUUCAGCCAGCCAGUGGGACAGAGUGGCAGCAGCAGCUAUCUCAGCACUGGGAGAACCCAGGGGGUCCAUCCCACUCCCACUCAGAGUUAUACCCCAGGGAGAGGCUUGCCCUCCUCCUCUCUCUAUCGCAGUGCUGCCCCUCCCCAACCCACCACACACCCCCAACACAGCCAGGCCCCACCGACUGGACCCAAGAUGGUACCCAUCUUCAAGAACAAGGCCCUCCCGCGCCAUGUCAAUGUCACCAAGCUUCUGGCUGAGAAGCAGCAGAAGAGAGCCGAGGAGCAACGGCAGACACCUGUGUCGGGACAGAAGAGGGCCUGUCCAGCCUUCUUCUCCUCUUCCUUUUCCUCCUCGUCUGUUCCCCUCUUUUUGCAUUCGUCGUCUACCUCUUCCAAGUGCACAGAGGAAGCCCGCCGGCCCACUUCAGCGACCAUGCCUCACUUGACCCCCUUUCCGCGGCCUGAAGGGGUUUCCCCACAUUCCUCCCAGGUGCAUGCCAGUGAGAGAGCUUUCAGAGUGAGGGACGAGAUCGCCUCAGGUCCCCCUCAUCUUCUUCCAUCUGGUCUGCUAGGCAACAGAGGGGGGGACUGGUUUGAGUCAAAACCAAAGAAGCCAAAGUCUGCAGUGCAGGAUGUGGACGUGGAGAAACACGCGAGAAGUAACCAGCUGUCGAAGAUCAAUGUGACGACCCUGCAGGCCUGGCUGAAGAGCCGCGGAGUGGUGGUACGGUCCAAGGAAAGGAAAGAGGAGCUGGUGUCAAAGGUCAUGCGUUGCCUGAGUGAAUCUUGAGUAGUGAGGGUCACCUUCCAGACAGGCACAGAGAGGGUCAUUUUACACUAUUCAACAUCACAGAGAACGAGCUGGUUUUAAGGGUCAUUGAUAGUGAGCUUUGUAUUGCUAUCAGGUCUCUGUGUUAUCAUUCUUGAAUGAUAUGUCAUGUACCUGUAUGGUGUUCUUGUUAUGAAGUUAAUACCCACUGGGCACAGAAGUCAAUUCAACUGAGGUAGUAAGAUGUUUCUGGCCUUGAGUUUGAGGAAAGAACAGAUCAUUUUAUGUAAUAUAUUUAUUGAAUGUAUUUGUUUAACAUAAAAAGAGUAAUAUAUCUCCUAUUUAUAUAGUUUUGUUUUAUAUAUUAGUCAUUUUUAUUAAUCCCCAUUUCUUGCUUUUCUUGUUCAAGAUGUAAUUUUCUGUAGUAUGUCUGAGCUUUAUUUCAGAAAAGAUCAAAGCAAAUGUCUGUUAGUACUUAUUCAAUAUUCAGAUCCUUUGAAAUUGUGCAUACACAUUGAUUGCCAUAAUAAAACAAAGAUAUUUUUAAUAUUAAAUAGAAAAGAUUCCCCAUGUAAAAUGAAUAUGGCCCCCUUACACUUUUUACUCUCAGCAGAGUGAAUGUUCUGUGACCAGACCUAGAUUCCAAUACUAUUCGAAAAUCUUCAAAUCAUUUUUUUUUUUUUUGUGGGAGCGUUUGCUUCAACCUACAGGAGUGCCAGGUGGCCGGCGUUUGCACUUUGGGGACUUUCCUAUUAGCUCCACUGCAAAAGUCAAACAGAUAAAGUAUUUGAAAUUAUUUCAAAUAGAAUUUGAACCCAGGUCUGACCUUAUUGAUUGAAGUGUGCCUGUGACUGGAACGAAUUGCAAAAAUCGCUGAAGUUGGAGACUUUUAUC